AUGGCUUAUAAAAGAAAUGAAAGUAUAGUUUAUGAGGAACGUGUAUGUGAUUUGAGUGAACUCAUUGAUGGUUGUAGAAUACAAUGUCGGAUGUCUAGAGAAGAUAAAUAUAGGGAAGCAGAAAUUGUGACAUCAAGAAUUAAUAAUGAUGAUGAAAAAGAAUUUUAUGUACAUUAUGUUGAUUGUAAUAGAAGACUUGAUGAAUGGGUUUCGGUAUCACAAAUAGAUACGGAUGCUCCUGCUAAAUUUCCAAGUAAAACAACUACAUUUAAAAGAAAACAACCUAAUCAGUAUACGGCAAAUAAUGAUCGAGAUUCACCAGAUAAAGAAGUAACAGAUAGAAGAAAAAAAAGGAAAAAUCUUAAAAUAUCAGAAAAUUCAAUUGAAAUUGAAAUAAAUGGUUGUGAGGAAUUACCAGGUCAACCAUCUCCAAAAGUGCCAUCAUUAAGUGGUUCGAUGUCGAUGCAUGGUCAUUCUGAAGAUGCUCAGGCACGUGUUCGUAAUAUUAAUAAUAUUCAACUAGAUCACAAAACAUUAUACUAUGAUACAGAUCCAUUUUUGUUUUAUGUUAUGACAGAACAGGAUGAAAGAGGUUAUCAUAUUGUUGGUUAUUUUUCAAAAGAAAAAGAAUCUGCUGAGGAGUUUAACGUUGCAUGUAUAUUAGUUUUACCCCCUUAUCAAAACAAAGGUUAUGGCAAACUUUUAAUAGAAUUCAGUUAUGCAUUAUCACAAGUUGAAAAAAAAACAGGAAGUCCAGAAAAACCAUUAUCUGAUUUGGGUUAUGUUUCAUAUUUAAGUUAUUGGCAUGAUGCAAUACUAGAAGUAUUAUUUAGAAAACAGGAUGAAGCAAUUGCAAGAGGUGAAAGACUUAAUAUAUCGGUGGCAGAAAUAGCUGAAGAAACAAGUAUUAAAAAAGAUGAUAUUCUUCAAACAUUACAGACAUUUAAAAUAUCACGAUAUUACAAGGGGCAAUUUGUAUUUGUCCUUUCAGAAGCUAUAAAAGAAGCACAUUUAAAAAGAUUAUUCAAGCGACGAAUUAGGAUUAAUAAAGAAAAACUUAUAUGGACACCUCCAAACUUUAAAAAAGCGGGCUAA